GGACGCAGCUUGCUCUUUCGUACAUAACCCGGGGGAGCGGGAUGCGCGCCCCACGUCCCUCGAUGCGCUGUACGACUCGAUGACGAAGGGAUAUGUGCUUGACGGCGUAGAGGUGGGCGCGGUGGAGCGACAACCGAGCAGCAUGACGGAGGUGGACGAGGUCUCGUCAAAGGGCCUGCCCCUCGCCGCGCUCGACGUCGAGGCGCAGCGGGCCGAGGCACGCCCGCUCACGCUCCGCAUGCCGCCGUGGCUGCAGCCGUAUGUCGCCGAGGCGUGCGGCAUCGCCGCAAUGAUCGUCAUCGGCCUCAUCUCAAACAUUCAAUCGAGCCUGACCGGCGACCCCGAGAACCCCACGACGACCAACAAUGUAGCGUACGCGUUCGGCUGGGGCGUGGGCCUCAUGGCUGGCCUGCUGCUCACGAUCGACGUGAGCGGCGGCCACAUCAACCCGGCGAUAACACUCACGCAGGCGCUCUUCCGCGGCUUCAUGUGGCGCCGUGUCCUGGGCUAUUGGCUCGCGCAGCUGCUCGGUGCCUUCGUGGCCGGCUGCAUCGUCCACGGGCUCUACCGCGAGCUGCUGGACGCGCAGGACAGCCCGCGCACCUGGAGGACGGCUGCGCUUUUCGUGGACCGUGCGCCUGCUUGGGAGAGUGACGCCAACGCGUUCUUCCAGGAGGUCGUAGGCGCCUUUCUCCUCCUCCUCGGCGUCGCGGUGGUCACGGACCCGACGGCUGCCGCGGCGUGGCAGACAUGGGUCAAGGCGCUCAUCAUGAACUGGUUCUUUGUGGCUGUCAACGGGUGUAUGGGCAUGCACCCGGGAUAUGCACUGAACCCGGCACGCGACCUCGGCGUCCGCCUGUCCUGUCUCGCUUUCGGAUACUCGCGCGACAUUUUCACCGACCGCCACUGGUACUGGACGUGGGGGUGUAUUGUCGGCCCGUUUGUUGGUGGUAUCCUCGUCACGUUUGCGUACGACUGGGUCGUGCGGGGACGCGUCGAGCUCACUGUCCCCGCUCUGCAGCGCUUCGUUAACCGCAAACGAAAAGAAAGUUAGGCUUAGAACGCAUGAUUAUUGGGAGUGCACACAGCCGUUCGUCGGUCCAGGUAUCGUGUAUGCAUUAUAUGUCUG